CCGAACUCUCCAUGGGACUGUCUUCUAUGACAUCGGACCCCGAGAACUGGAUUCGUCCUGGGCAGCGGGGCCGCAGACAUCCAUGCACAGUCGCUUCCCGGGCACGUACACAUCUGGCAUGGACGGCUCGACGAGACUUGUCACAGACCCUGCUCCACGUGCUCAUCCUUUAGCUUCGCCAGCGGUGGGUGGACCUGCAUGUGGUCCCGUUCACACAACGCGGAUCCAGGGCGGUCCUCAUCCUCAAGCCUUCCAAGGCGCCUCCUGUACGCCUCCCCCGGCUCCCGCGUGUAUGCUGCCGCCUUCGGUCGACCGCUUACGGACCGCGGCUGUGGAGAGGGCGUGGUCGAACGUCCGCAAUGUUGGGGGUGGUGUCGUCGAAGAUGUGGGAGGGGUGCGGCAGGUCGUCGAUGCGCCCCCUUCACCUAUGGAUCAAGGUGAAAGGGACGACCGACGCGGGGGUGAGGACGCACGUCCGGCGGUAGCGGAUGUUCGUGUAGGACAACAAGGCUCGUCAAUCGGGAAUGGCAACCGCGGUGGACGUGUGGCGGAGAGUGCCAGUGACGUGGACACAAGUGACGACACUGCACGGGCGGAUGGAGGCGGUGCACCUGCGAAGAGGCGAACCAGGCCAUGGCCGCUCGAGGAACGCCUCGAUCUAGCGAGGUUCAUGAAGGAAGAUGAUGCAAUGAUGACAAUGGCGUCUGGUCGACUGAAGCACGCCAGACGGUCGGUGAGGAACGAGUGGGUGUCAAGGAAGAUGAGGGAGGCUGGGUGGAUAAGCGGUGUUGGAGGCGGCGGCACACCUUGGAGUCGUCAGCUCUCUAUAGAGAGCGUGGCGCCGCAAGCAACGGAAAUGAGUGAACGGUGGAAAUUGAGGAGUAGAUUGAGGUUCGAGCCUCUCUUGGAAGACAAGAUAGUCUGUCCUCGGCCAAGACGAUAUGCUAUCAACACUUUUGUGAUGAUGGAGACGGUUAAAGCCCGUCGUCGAAGAAGUAUGAUGAAGGAGAAAGACAUGAGAUCCGAUGGGGAUGCGGGCUUGGAGAUCUUGGACAUCUUUCUGUGUAAGGGGUGUCUACCGCCAUUCAUACCAUUCUCUCCGCCGAGCAGGUCAGCGAACCCUGUGGUGCACGAUGCACGGUUCCAACAGAAGAACAGGAGCGGUGGUGGAGGGGACUUUGUAGUUGGGGGCUCCCGAUUGGACGAGUUCAUUGGCGAGGGGGGAGGCGGUCUUCGAUCCUCAUUGUACGACUAGAGGCGUGCAGCCAAGCGGACAUGCUCUCUCUGAGAAAAAAAACGGUUGUGAUUCUAAUCGGGGGGAGUCAGUCGUCGAUACCACCCUCGCCUAGACCUCUUCAGUCUUGCCAGCCACGGCGCAUGUUCCUCGGCGACCUUGAGCGAGCUUCUCCACCUCUCGUGGUAGGAAGAUAACGAUCGGGUAAGAGAAAUCGAAGAUGAGCAGAAUGGUAGCAGACAGUGAAUGAAGCAAAGGGGAACAGACUACGCAAGCACCGACACGUGAGCACUUAGAGAGAAAGAGGUCCAGCAGGGAGCAGUAAUCAGUGAUGAUCGAGUGAUUGAUUGAGUGAGUCAGUCUGAAGAAUGUACAUAUCGAAGUUUUGUAUGCUGUUUGAAUUCCAGCCAUUUGCAUUGAAUGGCCGAUUCUGUACUUCUAGAGAAGAUGGCUUUGUUCCAAGGCUGUCAGUUGAUUGUACAGCAAUGUCCGAGUUGGCGUUUCAACACCCGUGUUCACAUGCAUGUGAAGAGAGAGAGAGAGAGAGAGAGAGAGAGAGAGAGAGAGAGAGAGAGAGAGUUUUCGUCGAUAAGCAAAUAACAGAAGAAGACCGUGACACUUAGGGGCGAUCAAAGCGCAUUUAGACAACCAGGCUGGACAGGUUCCUGACCUAAGGUGCUAGUUGGCCUCGAGGACAAUUUUGGUUUUUUGCAAUGGGUGGCAGGGUCUGUGUAGGUUUUUGUGUAGUGUACGCCCGAUAAGAGAUCUCUUCUGCUGAGAUGACGAUGGACGUUCAGAGCGGGGAGUCGAGCGAAGUCAGUCGAAAGGCAAGCGGGCGGAUGUGGUAGAGAACUAUUUUGGAAUUUGAAAACAGAGAGAGGGAGGCAAGAUUGGAUUGACGACGGAAGUGUUGGUUCAAGAAAGAGAGACAGCGAAGCGUCGUGUUGUUGGACAGGGGGUUACAGGAGCAGGCAGGGAGAGAGGGAGAGGCCGUUUCAUCGUGAUGCGCAGUGGGAAACUUUUUGACGCCUCUGCGUCUUUUUCCCUUUGUAAAGAUGUUUGUUAAUCAUGGUGCCCAUUUAGUUCAGCCAGUUUUUAUGUCGAUUUAGCUCGCAUGGUCUCAUCCGCGCAAUUCCGUUGAUCUCAAACACAUGCUGAGAGAGAGAGAGAGAGAGAGAGAGAGAGAGAGAGAGAGAGAGAGAGAGAGAUUUUCGACUUCUGGACAAAAGAAACACAGAGGAGAGUACAAGUACUGAGCAAGUACUGAGCAUUGUUAUUAUGGGCGAGAUGAUGAAGCCAGGGUCUGAAUGGAUCAAUUGCGCGGCCACCUGUGGAUUAUAAACAAGGAGUGGCACAUUGCUGUUGUUUUUCCUUUCUACAUUUGAUGUAUUGUCUUCAUCGUGUUCGCACUGUUUGGCGAUUUGCCAGGAUUUAGACGUGUUCGUCUACCCUAUGAUCCCUAUCCUGUCUUCACAAAGCCAGGAGAGGACCAACAAUUAUUGUCGACGAUUUGUUCUUCUUGCUCCACGUCCCUUCCCAAUCGCUCGUCUGUUAUACUUCCGGGCAACCUUUGUCGCUGGGAGAGAUUUCCGUUGAUGUCAGCAUGUACAGAGACUAUCUGCAAUCGUCGUUUACGGGAGAUGUUUUGGUAGCUGCUGCCAUUGUUGCCUUUGCGGUGUGUGUUUGUACCGGGCAGGGGAGAAGGCGAGGGAUGCGGGGAGCAGCCCAGGAGAACCGACCAUCACUGUCUACAGAGAAAGCGGUGGCCAUCCAUCGCUGUCUACGGUCGAGGCGGAUUGGUGUGGAAGGAGGACGGUGCACCAGUUGAGCUGGCGACUUUCACCGCUUCGCGCCUAAUUCGCCGCCUACGUGCCCUUUACGCCUAGUCACGGAGACGAGAAGCUUCUGUGGAAGCGAAGUUUUGAACGCUAUCUUGUCACAUGCAUGGACCUGCGAGAGGGGCCGUAAAGAUCUCAAAUGAUUCUGCCCAGUCCUCCGCACCCCUUUUCUUCCCCGUCCGGGAUCUUGGAUUGUCCAUACGGAGCGGGACGGGAGGAUACCGGAUAUAUCUAGUGGAUGGAUUGUUAUGGAAUGCAUGGUAGCAGCAUUUGAGAGAUCGUGACACAUGUAUUUUGUCAAUUUUUGUGUAAUGUAAUGUAAUGUCAUGUAUACCAAUUUAUAUAACAGGUGUUUGUUUGUUAGAGCAUGAGCAUGAGCAUGGUGUCCCUGACCAUCAGAGAGAGAGAGAGGGGGGUUGGCAACAGGAGGGAGAGAGAGGAGGAGAAGAGCAGGAAAGGUCGUUGCAGCUCGCUUCUGCUUCUAGUAUUCUGCGGAUUGUUAACAAUUUGUACAAUCGAUCCAUUUCUCAAUCAAUCCAAAAAACAUUU